UCUUCCCCUGCAGAUGCCCAGAGGCGGCGCCCCCCUGCUCGCCUCCCUGCUCCUCGCCGCGGCCCUGUCGGCUACCCUGGGGCUCGGGUCACCGGUGAAGGAAAAGAGGGGCUGGACCCUGAACAGCGCCGGCUACCUUCUUGGUCCACAUGCCAUCAACAACCACAGGUCCUUCCAUGACAAGCUCGGCCUCGCUGGCAAGCGGGAGCUCCAACCCGAGGACGCCGCCAGGUCAGGUUUAGGGAGCUGGGACAGGCCACUGCCCGAGAGUGAGACUGUGCGCGCCAUCAUGGAGCUCCUGACUCUCUCGCAUCUCAGAGAGGCCGGGGCCCCGGUGCCUGCACUCCCGGCAGCCAUGUCCUCAGAAGACGCAGAGCAGGCAGCCGGUGAAGUCAGACUUUAGGGGCCGGGCCGGCUGGCCCCUCGGCGCAGAGGGACGUCCGUGCUGCCUGCCUUGGCACCGUGUUGUCAUUAUUUUGACUCUCCCCUUGGUCAUUACUUUGAGCGGCAAAAUAAAAACCAGCACGCACUCUC